UAAUAAUAUGAGACAAUUGUACUCAAAUUUUAACUUUUAAUUAAGAAUAGUUUAUGUGCAAUAUUAUUAGGUCUUACAAUCAUUUUGAAGCUGGAAGGGUUUUAACAUAGUCAUAAACGUAAAACCUCAAAAUCUCCCUCUGUCCGAAUCCAACUUGUCCGAUGGCAUUUGUCUCUGGAUUUCAGCGGUUACUUCGCCAUUCCCACUCCCACUUCACUUCGAUUCGUUUCAAUUCAACUCUCACUUCCCCCAAACUUUUCGUCAGCGGUCUUUCGAGAUUGACAACGGAUGAAAAGCUUACUGAAGCAUUUUCUCCUUUUGGGCAGCUCAUGGAAGCUAAGGUGAUAAUUGACAGGGCCUCUGGAAGAUCAAAGGGGUUCGCUUUUGUAUCGUAUGCAACCGUAGAAGAAGCUGAGAAGGCGAGAGAAGGAAUGAAUGCUAAAUUUUUGGAUGGAUGGGUUAUAUUUGUUGAUCCUGCCAAGCCAAGAGAACCUCGACCUCCUCCGCAAGCAGAAUCUCAGGCGCCUCAAACAGGGUUCACAGUUAAUAAGACUGUUGGAUGGUGUGGUUGAUGAUUGAAGAAACUUGAUUGAUUACUCUUACGGUGUUGGAGGUAAUAUUUUAAGGACCAUAUGGUUCAAAAUAGCCAACUUUACUCUGACUUUUUUGUACCAAUCAGUGAUAAUUGAUUAUUCGAGUUAGGCAUUAGUAAUGCUGUUGAAAAUUUUGAUGUCAAACUAGAAACUAGUUCUUCCUGUAUUCGUCUGAUACGAACUUCCUCGAUACUUUUCCCAAUUAUUUAUAGUAUUGACAAAUAUCUGCUAUUGAAUUUUCAUUGCUAAGGUAA